CUGCCCCGGGGGGAGCGCAGCGACGCGGAUCCAGGAGCUGGUGCCACCAGAGGGCUCUGGUUAUUGCGAAGGGACGGGAGGCUGCUCUGGCUUAUGCCUUUGCUCUCUUCCUCUGUGGUGCUGCUGCUGCUGCUCCUUCGCUCAGGAUAUCAGGGGGCUGAGCUUCCUGGGUCAGGCGCUGAGUGCCAGCAGCUGCGUCCAUAGUGACCCAAGAGCCAGGGCUGAGCAGCUGCUGCGCCAGGGAAAGACCUUCAGCGAAGCGCCCUCUGCGCCCGGCCCGCGGGGGGACUUUCUCCGGUGCCUGGGACCUCCCCCGGCUCUGCCCACACCAGCUCCUGAGCCGGAGCCUGCAGAGGCCGGCGGCUGGUGGAGGAGACAGGAGCCGUGUCUCACCAUGGAGCAGUAUGUGCUGCUGGAUCCCCGGCAGAGGGCCCUGUACAGGGAUGUCAUGCAGGAGAGCUACGAAACCCUGAUGGCCCUCGAAUUUCCAAUUUCCAAGCCUGACCUGCUCUCCCGGCUGGACCGAGGGGAUGAGCCGACAGCCCUGGAUCUCCACAUGCCCAGAGGUGGCCGGGCAGCAGCGGAUGGCACAGCCAGUGGGAAAGAGGAGGAGAAACCGCAGCAAGCGAGCCCGGAGGAGCCAGCCUUGGAAAAAGCCGACGGCGCUGGGAAGGCUCCCCAAAGCCCCGAGGCGGGGGAGAAGCCACCGGCUAACAGCGGGGAGAGCCCCAACACCUGCGCAGAGUGCGGCAAGACCUUCAGUCACAAGUCGGCGUUGGCCAAGCACCAGAAGAUCCACACGGGCGAGCGGCCCCACGAAUGCCCCGACUGCGGCAAGACCUUCAUCCAGCGUUCGGACCUGACCAUCCACCGGCGGGUGCACACUGGGGAGCGCCCCUACGCUUGCCCCGACUGCGGGCGCCGCUUCAGCGUCAGCUCAUCCCUGCUGACCCACCAGCGCACCCACGCGCCGGGCGGCGAGAAGCCCAACCGCUGCCCGCAGUGCGGCAAGAGCUUCGCCGACCCCAACGCCCUGACCCGGCACCAGAAGAGCCACCUGGGUGGCAAGCCGUACGAGUGCGGCGUCUGCGGCAAGGCCUUCGCCUGGAGCUCCCACCUGGAGCGGCACCAGCGCAUCCACACGGGAGAGAAGCCCUUUCAGUGCGGGGAGUGCGGCCGGGCCUUUGCCUGGAGCUCCCACCUGGACCGCCACAUGCGCACCCACGCAGCGGCCGUGGAGGAGGAGGAGGCCGAGGAGGAAGCCCCGCCCCCGCCUCAGAGAUGUGCCGACUGCGGUAAGCGCCUCAACCACCAGACGGACCCGCAGCGCUUCAAGCACAAGGGGACGCAGACCCAGGAUGGCGGUGGGGUGGGAGACGGGCCCGGCCAGGUCGAGGAGAGUGGCCCCGAGCGCCCCCACCGCUGCCAACAGUGCGGCAAAUGCUUUAGCCAGAGCUCGAACCUGCUCAAACACCAGCGCGUGCACACGGGCGAGCGCCCCUACGCCUGCCCGGACUGCGGGCGCCGCUUCCGCUGGGGAUCGGCCCUGGCCAAACACCGGCGUACCCAUGCCCGGGAAAGGCCUGCCGAGGACCCAGAGCCGGCCCGUGAGACUGGCGCUGCCGGCAAGCCGUACCCGUGCGGGGCCUGCGGGAAGAGCUUUGGCUGGAUCUCGCACCUGGAGCGUCACCGGCGCAUCCACACAGGAGAAAAGCCCUAUCGGUGCGGGGAGUGCGGACGGGCCUUUGCUGUCAGCUCCCACCUGGAGCGGCACCGGCGCAUCCACACCGGCGAGCGGCCCUACCGCUGCAGCGACUGCGGCAAGAGCUUUGCCGUCAGCUCCACCCUGCUGGCUCACCGGCGCACCCACGCCGUCCGGGAAGGGAGGCCUCACCAGUGCCCUGACUGUGGCAAAGGUUUCACCGCUGCCGCAGCCCUGGAGCGGCACCGCCGGCUGCACCGGGGUGAGAAGCCUUACCAAUGCGGCGUCUGUGGCAAAGGCUUUGCCUGGAGCUCACACUACGACCGGCACCGGCUCACUCACACCGGAGAAAAGCCCUUCCCCUGUGCCCACUGUGGCAAGCGCUUCGGCCGCAGCUCCCACCGCAACCGGCACCAGCGGGCCCACGCCCAGGCUGGCGCAGAGAAACGGCAUGUCUGUCCCGACUGCGGCAAAGCCUUCAGCCUCAGUGCGGCACUGGCGGCCCACCAGAGACUCCACACCGCCGGCACCAACAGCCCACUCUCCCUGCUGCCGCCCACCUGGUGGGAGGCCGAGAGGAGGACCGGGACAACCACGCCACCACCCGAGGCCUGGGCUGAGGAUCCUGCCACCCACUUCCAAUGCCCUGUCCCCUCGUCCUCCCCCCAGGCCUGGGCGACCAAGUCUCUCUCAGCUCCCGGCGCAUGGAGACCAGGGGAAGGGGAGGCCAGUGCUGCUGCCCCUCCAGAGAGCUGGGCCCAGCAACCUCCUCCCAGCAACUAACAUGGCUAAGCAGGGUGUGUGGGGGGAGGGGGAACCCUUGUUUUUGGAGAGAGCCAGAAACGCCCCCUGCC